AUGAUUCGAGGCAGCUCGGCGCGAGCGCUUCGGAUCGGGGCUCUCGGUCUGGCUGGUGGUGUCGGAAUCCUUGCUUACUCGAUGCUGCAAUGGCGCUUUCUCCAUUCGUCGAAGGACGCAGCCGAUACAGGCGAGUCGAAGGGCCACGAUGUUGGUCCGACCGCGUCCAUAUCGACGUCUGCUUCUGCGUCUGCAUCCGAUGAGACAUCAUCAUCAUCAUCACCGCCACCACCGCCAAAGUCGGUUGUGAGCCGUGUAUGGGGGGCUAUAUCGCUCUAUGUGGUUGAGCCAGUUCUUGUACUGAAACGAUUUCUUGUCUUGGCUAUUACCUUUGCGCCUGUCGUGCUAGCAACGCCCUUGCUUGUUAUCGGUCAUCGUAUAACGUACCGGGAUGAAGAUGGACACAUGGUCGAGGGCGAACGGUGGGGCACUGUUCUCUGGUAUAAACUGCUUGUGAUGCAGAUGGAGCGUGCUGGCCCUACGUUUGUGAAACUCGGCCAGUGGGCUGGGUCCCGUCGCGACUUGUUCCCUGACGAGCUUUGCAAUCGCCUAUCGAAACUGCAUUCGAACAACAAGCCGCACUCCAUGACCUAUACGCGUGAAGUCCUCGAGCGUGUGUUCAAGCGGUCAUUUGAUGAGAUAUUUGCGUCCUUUGACGAGCAGCCUGUGGGGAUUGGCGCCGUCGGUCAGGUUUAUAAGGCUGUGCUGCAUCAGGACCUUUUGCCUAGUGAUUACUUGAACGAUCGGCGCGAACAAGAUCGGCUGCAGGAGGCUGCCGAGAACAUUGGGCGUGAGCUGGCCCUCACGUACGAGCACGACGAAUCGUCCGAUCACCAUGGCGCCGCCGUUGCCAUCAAAGUGCUGCAUCCUAAGGUGCAUCGCAUUAUUGGGCACGACAUUCAGAUUAUGCAGUUUUUUGCGGGACUGUUGAACCUCAUUCCUGGCAUGCGCUGGGUCUCGCUCCCGGAAGAAGUCGAUCGGUUUGCUGCGCUGAUGCUAAGUCAACUGGAUCUGCGUGAGGAAGCAUCGCAUCUCUCUCGCUUCGAGCGCAACUUUGGGGGCCGUGGCGGCACUGUCAUUUUUCCUCGGCCCUUGCGGGCUUUUUGUGCCCGAGACGUGCUCGUUGAAGAGCUUGUGGAAGCUGUGCCCCUCAAGCACUUUAUGCGCAUGGGCGGCGGUGCGUACGACUCACGCAUUGCCGAGAUGGGUCUUGAUGCAUUCCUCAGCAUGUUGCUGAUUGACAACUUUGCACAUGCCGACCUGCACCCAGGAAACAUCAUGGUCAAGUUCUACCGUCCGUCUAUGCGAUCCAUGUUGCAAAAUGCCUUCUCUCGCGUUUUUUACCGCUUCGAUCCUGACUAUGUGCUGGGACACCGCGGGCGGACGGGGAUCAUUCCUGAUGAUCAAGUUUCGCAGGAACUCGUUGCACGCUCGAACGAUUCAGACUCGUGGCACUCAGCGAUCCGAUCCAUCCAGGAGGAUGGGUUCUUGCCGGAGCUUGUGAUUCUUGACGCAGGUCUGGUCUCGGAGUUAUCGCCCAAGAACCUGCGCAAUUUCCUUGACCUGUUUGCUGCCAUUGCUAUGUUUGAUGGUCGUCAAGCAGGGUCACUUAUGGUCGACCGCUGUCGCACACCUGAACUUGUCACGGACAGGGAGCAGUUUAUUCGUGUGAUUGAGGGUGUCAUGGACAGCGUCAAGUCCGAAACAUUUAGCCUAGCAUCGCUCAACAUUGGCGACGUGCUGAACAAAGUACUAAAGGCAGUCCGCACAUACCAUGUCAAGAUGGAGCCUGACUUUGUCGAUACUGUACUGAGUAUUCUAAUUCUCGAGGGAAUUGGUCGUAAGCUAGACCCUAAUAUCGACCUGUUCCGCAGUGCCAUUCCGAUCCUCCGCUCGCUGGGGCACAAAAUGUCCAGCGACGAGACACAACUUGCCAGCUUGCGUGAACAAGUAAGCCUCAAAACACUUCUCCCGAUGCUCAAGCUCUGGUUCUUCAUGGAGUUCCGCUCCUUGUUCAUGGCACCACAAAAUUCACCUCAAAUUGUCGAUGCCUUCGUUCGUUAUGGUUGGCUCUCUGAGUAA